CCAACGGGAACAACGCAUUUGGCGCGCUUCAAGCAAGUGGCCUUGUUCCUGUCUGGACGCGCUUGUUAAUUGUGAAUUGUUCGCGUGCUUUUGUUUUUGUGUUUAUCGUCUUCAUUUAUUUGGAAGUAUUUUUGUGAUUGAAGUUGAGACGACAUGGAGCACCGCCUUACAGCUGGGGCGGUCGAGCGUAUUCUUAACAAUCAACAAGUUGACAAGCCCGUAUUGCAAGUUCUGAACUUCAAGCCCAUAAGCAGCAACACUGCUGACAGAUACAGGCUGCUGCUGUCUGAUGGAGUGCAGUGCCACACUUAUGCUAUGCUGGGCACACAGCUCAACUGCAUGAUCAACAACAACGAGAUUGACAAAUUUGCAGUGGUGCAGUUGGACAAGUAUAUGUGCAACGUUGUCAGUCCUGACAAGAAAGUCCUGAUUGUGCUGGACCUGACCGUGAUAGCCAAAGGCUCUACAGUGGGCUGCAGGCUGGGGAACCCCGUGAUACCCACCACAUCAUCUUCUGGUGCUGCCCAACCUACAGAUGGAGGAGCCAACAAGGCGCAGUUCCAGCACAAUGGAGGCCAAGCUCCACCUUCAGCAGCGCCGUCAUUUGGAAACAGAGCAUACCCCGCUUCUACCAGUGAUGUAGUGGUUGUGCCUAUUGCCAGCCUGACUCCAUAUCAGAACAGGUGGACCAUCAGAGUGCGCGUUACAAACAAGUCCAACAUUCGUACAUGGAGCAACUCCAAGGGUGAGGGAAAGCUCUUUUCAAUGGACCUGCUGGAUGAGAGCGGAGAGAUACGUGCUACGGCUUUCAAUGCUGAGUGUGACAGACUCUACGACAUCGUCGAAGUCAACAAGGUGUACUACAUUUCAAGAGCUGUUAUCAAGAACGUCCGACAAGGCUACUCAUUUUCGUCUAUCAAGAACGACUUUGAGAUGUCGUUCAUUCCAGAAACAACUAUUACACCAUGCGAUGACGUUACUCCAAACAUCCCUACACUGCAAUUCAACUUUGUGCCCAUUCCACGUCUUCAGGAAGUAAGCAAGGAUAGUGUCAUUGACGUCAUCGGAGUCUGCAAGUCAGCAGGCGACAUACAGACAGUGACACGGCGCACCACAAAUCAGGAACUGAAGAAGCGGGAUAUAAGCCUGGUGGAUCGGAGUGGCACCGAAGUGUCCCUUACGCUCUGGGGAGAUCAGGCAGAGAAGUUUGAUGGCACUGACAACCCUGUAGUGGCUGUGAAGGGAGUGCGUGUGUCUGACUUCAGUGGUGUCUCCCUCUCUUUGAUUGGUUCAAGCAUGCUGCAACUAAACCCAGACAUUCCAGAGUCCCAUGCCCUGAUGGGCUGGUACAGCAGAGAGGGAAUGCUUCUGCAGACGCGCUCGCUUUCCACUCGCUCUGGUGGACCAAUGGGUGGAGGGAACUCAAACUGGAAGUCGAUAGCGCAGGCGAAGGCAGAAGGCCUGGGCAAAGGUGACAAACCAGACUACUACAGCGUCAAAGCGUGCGUGUCGAUUAUCCGCAAAGAAAAUUGCCUCUACAAGGCCUGUCCAAGUGAGAAUUGCAACAAGAAGGUGGUUGACCUGCAGAAUGGAUAUUACCGCUGCGAAAAAUGCGCCCAGGAGACCAUGGAUUUCAAGUGGAGGCUUCUUGUCUCGGCAAAUUUGACAGACUUCAGCGAUGGCCAGUGGGUGACUUGUUUUGGCAAGGAGGCUGAGAUGCUCAUUGGGGCAUCUGCAGAAGACUUGGGCGACAUGUACUCAAAGUCGAGCAAGGAGGACUGUAGAUACGAUGACAUCCUCAAUGAGGUCCCCUUCAAGCCCUUCAUCUUCCGGCUUCGCACCAAAAUGGAAGUUUACAAUGAUGAAAGUCGUUUGAAGACGUCUGUGAUGUCCGUUGCCCCAGUCAACUGUGUUGAAUAUACGCAAAAGCUGCUCAAGGACAUUGCAGAGCUGAACAAAAGCUUGUGAUCACUCUAUAGGAAACCAAAGAGCUAUUGAAGAAAGUUGCUUUCAUGAUCCACAUUGUGUGUGAAGAUCGGCACUAAAUUAAACCAUUGAGCUACACUAAGUAAUCAUGCCUGUACAAUAAACGAGAAACUCGUGCAUCAUAUGCUACUUUGGGUGCAGUACUUGUAUGUGCCAGAACCUUGAAAAUGAUGAAAAACUUAGGUGAUGUUGCUGGGAUGAUGUACAAGUGUGUUCAUUAACGAAAAUGUCUAUUUGAUAGCUGAAUAUCCCAGUAAUAUGUUAGCAUUAACAAGGUGACCAAUGUUGUAUAUUAGUGUUGUCCUGCGCACAUAAAUUACUUGUUGCACACCAGUGAACCUUGCUAUUGACACCAAAUUUUUAUUGUUUGUUGUUGGCAUGUAUAACCUGUGACAGCUUUACUUAGUCUGUCAUUCUUUUGUAGAAGCAAUCUUGCUCUGCUAUUAAAUUGCUUUACUUUAAAGCUGGAAA